AUGGAGCGGGCCUGUGAUUCCUGUAGGAGGAAAAAGCUGAGAUGUUCGCGAGAAUUUCCUACAUGCUCCAAAUGCACUGAAAAUAAGUGGGGAUGCCACUAUUCACCCCGUCAGUCGAGAUCACCUCUCACACGGGCACACCUGACAAAUGUGGAAACUAAGCUCGCCCGACUGGAAAUGCUAUUUGAAGAAAUAUUUCCCGAUACCAGUGUGGAAACAGUCCUGGACGAUCCCAAAUCUGUGAAGCUGCGACAGUUUGCCAGAAGUGCCAGAGGUGCCAAAGGUGAGUUUCCCAGUCCCGAGAUUGAGAAGAGAAGCUCAACUUCAAGCUCAACGCUCACCUCUUCUCUUUCACAGCAACCACCCGUCAAUCAACUGCCCCGCGACCCUUUGAACGGAUUUGAAUGGAGUGAAGAGAAUGAUGUGGACGUAUUUAAAGAUGACGGAAUGGGUACAAUGAAUGUAAGCAUUAAUAACAAGGGGUUUUUCGGAGCUGGCUCAAACUCCACGAUUUUGCGAGCAUUAUAUGUGACUGAUGCGUUUUUAGACGUACUUCGGGGCCCACUCUCGACUCACGAUCCCAGUAUUCUCCAUUCCAGCGACGUAACGGCAGUAUACGUGGAUGCGUAUUUCACGCUUUUCCACCCUAAUUUCCCAAUAGUCGAUGAGCCAUCGUUUCGUAUGUGGUACGCAGAUCAAGUAAUGCCGGACUCAACGGACGUGUGGCAACUUCUACUAAACGCCGCCCUAGCUCUUGGAGCUUUGUGCGUCGACGGUGAGAACUCCGAUGCUGAUAUACAUUUUUACAAGAAAGCGAAAUCACAUUUAAACAGUACCAUCUUCGAGAGUGGUUCCCAUCCACUUCUAGCAGCCCUUGCCCUGUUGUCCAUAUAUGCCAGAAAACGUAAUAAGCCGAAUGCUAGUUGGAAUUAUCUGGGGUUUGCUGCCAGCAUGGCUAUUUCUUUAGGUCUCCACCGGGAAGUAAACGAGGCCAACAAAGCCGACAAAAGGGCAUUAGAACUACGAAGGCGUAUGUUCUGGACCUUAUACGCCUACGAUUUUGAUGUUGCAAUAGCAUUUGGAAGGCCACGCCAGCUACCAGGCUUGAAAGACGUUGAUACGUUAUUGCCAUCUGUUUCAGAUUCAAGCGACACGGUGGCGGACAGGUCCGCUGUGAUAUCUUCGUGUGUGAUUGAAAACGCGAAAGUUGUCAGACUUUACCUAGAGCUUUCCGAUAAAGCGGUAUACACCAACGAAGAGGAAAAGCCACUCUUACUGUCAACCAUGCUCGAGCUAGAAAAAAGAAUUGAGACCAACAUCGCGACACUGCCAAAAUUUCUGGGAUCUCAGUUUGAUGAACGGCAAGCAAGCAUCGACCUUCAAAACACAUGGUUUCCUUUAUGUCGGUAUCGUGUUUUCUGGAUGUAUCAGAACCUUAUUACCACCUUGUUCCGACCAUUUUUUCUAAAAUUACUAAGUGGUCAACGCCUGGGAAUAGAUCACGGUGACUCGAUCAAAUGCUCAGCCGUUUGCCAUAAAGCUGCUACUCAGACAAUUCACUCCGUUGCGGAUUUCAUUGAACACUAUGAGGUUACGACUCUUUCUGCCUGGCAUGCCACAUAUUUCUUAAUGAAUGCUACGGUUGUACCGGCAGUGGGUCUCAUAGUUGAUCCAAAUGCACCAGAUGGUGGACAGUGGAGACAGAACGUGAUACACGCUAGAAAUUGCUUCGAGAAAUUAUCCGGUAAGAACGCUACCGCUGAAAAGUUCAUUAAAGUAAUCAACAGUAUGUGCGGCUACCUGCUAAAUGAUAUCGACCACCGGUCUCCACGUUCUCUGACUAUAUCAAACAUCGUGCAAAAUGCUGGACAAGAGCAACAGAGCUUGACCACAACUCCGUCCGCUAACAUUCUAGAGCUAGUCAAAGAGCUUUCUGCGCCGGAUCCUACACGCUCAAAUGUGUCUCCGGAUAUCAACAUGUUUCAAGGCGAGAAUUCCGCCUCAUACACACCGCCGUACCUGGACAACACGCGACAUGGUAACGUCUUUCCGGAUUGGAACGAUCAGAGUGUACAAACUCUUUUCAAUACUAACACAAGUGUGACGAGUGCCUUCAAUACCACGACAUUGGAUGAUAUUGUAAAAUAUAUUUUUAACGACGGCGAUUAG